ACGACGUAAACAUAUAGGCGUGUUUACUGUUUCCCAUAAUUUUAAUAUAUUAGCGAAUUGUGUUUGCUUAAUUGCAUCAAGACGACGUAAGGAUUAUAAAAAUGCCUCAUCAAGUAUAUUUCGAAGGCCGUUACAUACCCGAAGUCUACUGCGAAAACGUAUCAAGUUUGAAGGAGAAAAUUUCGCAACAACAUGGUGUUUCUGCUGAGGACCUUUACGUGACUAUCAACGGGAGGGUUGUAUCUACCGAUUUACAAUUGGAAAACCAUGAAAAUAUUAUUCGAGUGUUUACAAAACUCGUUGGAGGUAAAGGAGGGUUUGGGUCUAUGUUGCGAGCUAUUGGUGCACAAAUUGAGAAAACCACCAACCGUGAAGCAUGUAGAGAUCUUUCUGGUCGUCGAUUGCGUGAUAUCAACGAAGAAAAGAGGCUUAGGAAGUGGUUAGAAGGGCAAGAAGAUAGAGAAAGGGAAGCAGCAGAAAGAAAACAAAAGAAGCUUGAACGGAUACUUGCUGAGCCUAAAAUUGACGUCAAACUCAAUCCUGCUUACGUCAAAGAGAGUGAGGAGAUACCAGAACGUGUAAGCGCAGCUGUAGAUGCUGGAUGGCAAGCGGCUGGAACAUCAAAUGAAAGUUUGAAACGUAAAGCAGAAGUUGAAAAACCCAAAGCUAAAAAGAAGAAGUUAUGGAUUGACGCAGACUUGUCUGACUGCUCUUCACUUAGUGAUGAUGAGGAUGAUGAACCCGAGAAGCCAAGAAGGGGGCAUGCCACCUCAACGGAUAGUGGCAAUGAGUCUGACCAUGCUUCUGAAGCUAGCAGUAAAGUGUAGAUUAGAUAUAUCUCUUUUGCGUUUAUGUUGCAUAGAUGGCAUACAGGGAAUGAAUAGUAAGUCGUGCAGGGAGGCUUCUUUUGUGCACCCUUGCAAUCUUCGUAAAGGUCAUUGUUGCAAAUAUUAAAAAUAAAGUUUAUGUUUACAAACGUUUGUGUUUACAUGAUUUCAAAAUGACUGUAAUUUUUUAAUCUUAAACAAUUAAUAAUUUUAACUCGGACAUGGAAUGGAUAUUUUAAAUAUUUUGGAAAUGAUUAACAAUUUCAAACAGUGCACCUUUAUAAAACUGUAAUAUUAUUUAAGUUAUUUGCGA